AUGGCCAGUCCCAGAUGUGGAGGCUCUACUGGAGGUCUGCAUCCUGGGUACUCGGGGAACGAGACUGGAGGUUUGCGUCCUGGCCAUCCUGGGGACGAGACAGAAGGAGAAAAGCCCUACAAGUGUGACCAGUGUGACUAUGCGACAGCACGGAAAUCCCAUUUGGACAAGCAUCUGACAAAACACACCGGUGAGAAACCCUACAUGGCUGGGAAGUGUGACUAUUCUGCAGCACUGAAAUCUACUCUGGACAAGCAUCUAGCAAAACACGCUGGACGUAAGUUCAGUUUGGAGAUUCAUCUGGCAAAACAUACUGGAGAAAAACCCUACAAUUUCAACAUUCAUCUGGCAAGACACACUGGAAACAAACCCUACAAGUGUGACCAGUGUGACUAUUCUGCUGCACGGAAGUCCCAUUUGGACCUACAUCUAGCCAGACACACAGCACGGAAAUCCUAUUUGGAUGACCACUUGAGAGAACAUACCCUAGAGAAACCCUACAUGUGUGACCAGUCACAGGGCAGCCACAAAGAAUUAAUUGUCUGA